AGAAAUCAGUGGAGUGGACGAGUGGUUCGGAGUUCGCGGUUUGUCAUUAUAGUUAUCGGCAUAUUUUUUGUGACUUUUUUUAAACAAUAUAGUGUACAAUGCAAAUGCUACCAUUUGAUUAAAUUAGCCAUUUAGCUGUAAAAUCUUCUUCUGCUCAGAAAAGUGAAAAAUAAUUUCUAAUCAGUGAGUAUCAUAAUGUCGGAGGACGAGCAAGAGAAAGAAGAGAAGCCGUUUGCAGUCGAGAGAGCGAAAACUGGACGGGCGAAAUGCAAAAAAUGCAAAUGUCCGAUAGACAAGGACAAUGUGCGAAUUGCAAAAAUUAUGAGAAAUCCCUUCGGCGAUGGUACAAUGAAAUGUUGGCACCAUGUGACUUGCAUAUUUGAUGUUUUUGCAAAACAAAGAGCGACGACAAAAAGAAUUGAUGAUCCUGAGGAAGACAUAAGUGGCUGGGAUCAACUUGAACAAGAAGACAAGGACCUCGUCCUUAAGAAGCUUGGGGAAUUCGAAAAGGAUUCACCAUUUAAGGGAGCUAAAGUACCUCAGAAAUCUCCAAAAGAAAAUAAGUUAAAGACUCCGGUGAAGCCUGAGCUUAAAACAAAUACGAAGGAAAAACCUGCAAAAAAGGAUUCGGCUUCGACAAGUUUGAGCACUACGAAGGACAAACAAGAAAAAAAGACAGUCAACUCAGAAGAUGAGAAAUUCCCAUCCAGGGAUGAUAUGUUUCGUGAAUUUCGACGACUUUGCUACGAAAUUGCAGACGCAAGUUCCUAUCUUGAUAAAACUGCGAUUGUUAAGAAAAUGUUCACCAAAGGUUCCAAAGGAGAUGGAUUUAAAAGCGACAUUGUCCUGUGGUGUAAGCUCCUCUUACCUGGGGCCGUAAAGAGAAUCUACAAUCUCCAAAGCAAGCAGCUAAUUAAGCUUUUUGCAAGAUUGCUUAAGCAGGAUGAAAAUGAGAUGCUUGAACAUUUGGAACAGGGAGACGUCGCAGAAACCGUAGCAGAAUUUUUCGAAAGUAGUGUUGAAGUUCGACCCAAUCUGAAAAGUGUUGUCACUAUACAAGAGGUGGAUCAAUUUCUAGAAAAGCUUUCCACACUAACGAAGGAGCAUGACCAAAUGAAACAUUUCAAAUCUUUUAUUGUUAGGUGUACAGCUAAUGACUUGAAAAUGAUCAUCAGAUUAAUUAAACAUGAUUUGAGGAUUAACUCUGGACCUAAACAUAUACUCCAGGCAAUCGAUGUGGAAGCCUACAAAGCUUUUCAAGUAUCAAAUAACUUGGAGGCUGUUAUUCUUCGUUGUUUGGGUGAUCCUUCAUCUUCAAGCUCGGCUGCGACUUCAACUUCUGGUUCGAAAAAAGGUUCAGGGGAGAAGAAAGUGGCUCUUUCUAUAAUGACACCUGUGCUGCCAAUGCUGGCAGAAGCCUGUAAAUCCGUGGAGAUGGCUAUGAAGAAGUGUCCAGACGGAAUGUUAUCAGAAGUGAAAUACGAUGGAGAAAGGGUGCAGGUACACAAAAAGGGAAAUGAGUUUCGAUAUUUCAGUCGAUCUCUAAAACCUGUGAUGCAGCACAAAGUGAAUCUUUUGAAAGACUAUAUUCCGCAAGCUUUUCCGAAUGCGAAUGAUCUAAUCCUGGAUGCGGAAAUUCUUAUGAUAGACACCAAGACUUGUCAGCCUUUGCCUUUUGGUACUUUAGGAGUUCAUAAGAAAGCGGAAUUCAAAGAUGCAAAUGUGUGUCUCUUCGUAUUCGACUGUAUCUACUUCAAUGGCGAGAUUCUUCUCAACAAAACGAUGAAAGAGAGGCGCACGCUUCUCGAAAAAAACCUUACGGAAAUUCCAAAUCGUAUUAAACUUUCGGAAGUUCAAGAAAUAAGUGAACCAGAGGAAUUAGCGGAGAUGAUCGCUAAGGUUUUGAAGAUGGGUCUCGAGGGUUUAGUUCUAAAAAGUGUGAACGGUACAUACGAACCAGGAAAGAGGCAUUGGUUGAAGGUAAAGAAGGAUUAUUUGUGUGGAGGCGCGAUGGCUGAUACCGCAGAUCUCGUAGUUCUCGGCGCUUGGUACGGAACAGGACACAAAGGUGGUAUGAUGUCUGUAUUUCUCAUGGGAUGUUACGAUACCGACAGAGAUGUUUGGCUGACUGUGACCAAGGUUCACACUGGCCACGACGAUGCAACAUUGGAAAGGCUUCAGGGUGAACUUGAUAUGGUGAAGAUAGGAAAGGACCCCAAUCUCGUUCCUAAAUGGUUGCGAGCAAAUAAACCAAUGAUACCAGAUUUUGUAGCAAAGGAUCCGAAGAAUCAGCCAGUUUGGGAAAUAACUGGUGCAGAAUUUACAAAUCAAGGUGUCCACACUGCUGAUGGUAUCAGCAUUAGAUUUCCUCGAGUAACUCGGAUUCGAAGUGACAAAAAUUGGGAAACGGCAACGACUUUUAACGAGCUUCGAAAUCUUUUUAAGAAUAGUUCUGAGUCGACUGACUUCUCUCUUCUUCUUAGUUCGCCAAACAAAAAGGACUCCAAAGAACUUCUUGGUAAAAAAACGAAGAAAAAGGACGCGAAGGAGGAAAAAUCGACUGAGAAGUUGAAUAAAAGAAAAAUUAAAGAGGAAGGGACUCUGGACACUUUUAUGAAAAAAGGACCAAAGAAUGAAGACUCUUCGGAAGAGAAACCAAAAAAGCGAACAAAGUUGGAGGAAGUCAAGCAGAAUUUGCAUGCGAAAAUUGUAAAAGACGUAUCUUUUAUCGAUUCCGCAGACGAGGAAGAGUUGCAGGAGGACGUAAAAGUGAAACAAGAAAUGAACACGAUCGAAGUAGAUUCGGACGAUUCUAUGAAGGAAAAAUCGAAAAAGAAAGAUAAUAAAACAGAACGAAACAAGCAAAAAACGGAAUUAAAAAUAAAAGAGCCUGGAAUAAAAAUUGAAAACAAAAUUUCGGAAGUGGAUGAUGAAAAUAGAGCGAAAUUCUAUUUGUUCCAAGGGAGAGAUUAUAUUGAAUAUAGCAAAAGCGGAAUUCCUUUAAAUUGGAUUGAAGGUAGAAAGCCACCGGUAGGUUUGCCAAAAAAUGCAAAACUAUUAUCUCACCUCGAUCAGUCUGAAUUGAAUUCUAAAUGCGUGCUUCGAAAUGUCCGUGUAAGUUUUGCUAGUGAUUUUAAGAGGAAAAAGAAGAAAAAGCUCUCGCUGGUGCUUAAAACUCUUGGUGCGACAAUUCUUCAGGAUAGAGAUGUAUCCCAGACGACGCAUAUGAUUCAUAGUAGUACGAAAGUACCAGCGACGAUUCUGCAGGACGGUAGUAACAUUCCAACUACUGCCAGGCACGUACAUGAAUCCUGGGUGGAAAAUUGUGCCACGGAAUCCAAAAUGCAAGAUGCAACUUUGUACGCUGUAAUUUUGUCUGGUGAUUAUUGCAGAUGCCCCUGUCCUCAUGGAAGAUGGGAUUAAAGGAGUUUCUCUGCCGGAGUUGCCAAAUCAUGUUAUUUUUGUAAUUUUUUCUCUGAUCAGUUGGAAGAUCUAGCGUGAUAAUUCGAUCAUAAUUAUCAAUUGUAAAAAUAUUCCAGUUCUUUAAUUUAUAUGGACUUAGAAUUUUAUAGAAUGUUUUGAGUCUAAAACCAAAUUCAAAUAAACUCCUAUUUUUUAGUUCUUUUAUACUUGAA